AUGGAUACCAUAUUGAUUAAUGAUCCUCGGAUGACUAUGGUGGUGGAUACAUCCGGGCUCCACUCCAUGAUGAUCAGAUUCUGUCAGUGUGCUGGUGCACUGAGCCCUGACAUGCAACUAUUUGAAACCAGCCUCUUCCCUGCAUCUUUCACUUCGCCGAAGAUAGCAUUCACAUUUGCGGUGUUGGACAACUUCCUGCUGGACAACCAUGAAUGUGGGACAUCAGCAAUGAACUACUACAGUAAAUUAAGAAGAAUCACAUCAAGCGUGUUCCCUCAUCUGGUUCCAGACUGGUACAGAGAUUUGAUGAGGGUCGGCAGGCAGUGGAGACAAGUGAAGCAGCUCAAGUGGCAUGGGUUUGGCCAUGAGAAGCGAAAGCCAAAGGCAGGGGAGCUUGCACUCUUCUGUCCUGCAUGUCCUCAGCCUGGUGUAAACCUCAAUAUGUCAGACAGAAAUGAAUCCGACCCUGCAUGGCUGUAUUCCAGAUCUUUGGUCAUGGAUGGCAAUUUCAAGGCCGAGCAUUUAUAUCCCACCAAUCCAACCGAUGAGUGGCAUUGA